AUGUCACAAGCUCUUGAUCUGUCCUUGUUGAAGGGAUCUCCGGAGCAAAGAGAUGCGAUUUCGGCAGCUCUACUAGAAACGCUCAAAACGCGUGGAGUAGCCAAGCUAAAGAACCAUGGUCUCCCAGAAGAUCUCAUCAGCAAGAUGUUUGACUAUACCCGUCAAUUCUUUUCCCUUUCACUGGAGGAUAAGAUGACCGCCAAACAUCCACCUGCGGCAAACCCAAACCGCGGAUACAGUUUUGUUGGCCAGGAAUCCAUCUCUUCAAUCAGUGGAUAUGACAAAGGCCUCCCACAAGGGAAAUCAGUUCGGGAUAUCAAGGAAACGCUUGACAUGGGCUCCCCACACGACAAUCUUGUGGACAACAUCUGGGUUGCUGACGAGAAACUUCCCGGAUUCCGUAAAUUUAUGGAGGGUUUCUAUGCGAGCUGCUUCGAAGUCGAGUUGGUGAUUCUUGACGCGUUGGCGAAGGCCCUGGAGAUUUCAGCAUCAGAUCUGAAACUACUACACAACAAGGCUGAGAAUGAAUUUCGUCUACUUCAUUAUCCGGCUGUGCCGGCAUCCGAUCUAGAAGAUGGGACCGCCACCCGGAUUGCAGAGCAUACAGAUUUUGGUACGAUUACCAUGCUGUUUCAAGAUUCCACGGGUGGCUUGCAGGUCGAAGACCAGCAAAAUCUGGGAGUCUUCCACGAUGUUGAGUCAGGGGGUAAGUCGGAGAUCAUUCUGAACAUCGGCGACUCGCUCCAACGCCUAACCAAUGACACAUUCAUGGCUGCAUGUCACCGGGUGACUUACCCGCCCACUAUCAAAGUGGGCUCUGACGAGAUAAUCCCUGAGCGCUAUUCCGUUGCCUACUUUGCGAAGCCGAACCGUGUCGCUUCCUUGCUUCCUUUAAGCAAGUUCGUCACACCUGCUACUCCGUGCAAAUACGAGGAUAUCACGGCCUGGGACUACAACAAUCUGCGGAUUGCCAAGUUGUUUUCUUAA